AUGGUUGUGUGCCAAUUCCGGGCCAAGGAAGAGCGAAGGCGCUCCUACACUUGCACUCACAAUACAUUUGGAUCCAUAAACUUCUCCGUUCGCCAUGCCCUUCUUCACCAGCCCGGUCGAUUCCGCCCGCCUCUUUUAUCGGGACUACCGCCCCGACGGCGCCGGGUCGAAUGCACGGGCCAGCCCGGCCCCCAAGACGACCCUCGUCUUCCUCCACGGGUGGCCGAUGUCCUCCAAAAUGUUCGAGCACCUGUUGAUCCCCUAUGCGAGACGUACAAUUUCCGGUGCAUUGCCUCCGACCGGCGCGGCUUCGGCUCCAGCCACUGGAACGGGCCCGACACGAAGAAGCCGGUCGACUGGGAUACCCUUCUCACCGAUGUCAUCUCUCUCCUCCAACACUUGGAGAUUCAAGACUUUAUCUUUGUGGCAGCUAGUAUGGGCUGCACGGAAAGCCUUCUCGCUUACCAGUCCAGCAAGUUUAUCGAAGAGCGAUGCAAGGGACUUGUCUGGCUAGGCGCCAUCAUGCCGUUCCCUCUACAAACUGCAGAACAUCCCCUCUCCCCUUCCCUAGAACUUUGGGAUUCGAUCGUAGGCGGUCUCAGAGACAACCGCGCCGCAUUCGUCUCCGAGUCCCUUCCCGGCGUUUUCGCCAUUCAAGCCGGAAACGAAAUCCACCCCAAGACGCUCGAGCACUUUGAGCGUAUCGUCGCAGAGGCGGAUAGUCUCGCGGUCGUGAAGACGGUCGAGAUCUUCAACCAGCCAGCCGAAGCUGCCGUUAAGAAGCUUGCGGAAUCGGCGGUUCAGAUUCCGAUCCUUGCCAUUCAUGGUGACGCGGAUCAGGGGAUGCCGCUUGAGGCGAGCGCACAGAUUGUCAAAGAGAUGGUUCCAUGGGUGGACUUGAAGGUGUAUGAGAAGGCUGGUCACGGUCUUUAUCUAACGCACUCGGGCCAAUUAAUGGAAGAUCUUGUGUCCUUUUUCCGACAGGUCGAGAACGCAUAG